UCCCCUCCCGACACAGAGGAAGGAGGGGUGAGAGAGUGAGAGAGAGUGAGAGAGAGAGAGAGUGGAAAAAGAAAAAGUCGGAGCCGGAGAAAGAAACAGAGUUUUUUUGUGCCGCUGGACUGUCGGUGAGGAUGAUGAUGAUGAUGAUGAUGAUGGUGGUGAGGAUGAAGAUGAUGUGGAGGAGGAAUCGACCAUGCGACAUCGCUGCAACAGCCGGACUGAAACACUAAGAGACUCGGCUGCAUUCCGUUGAACCGAACCAGGCGGCACGACUCCUCCGAGAAACUUCGAGCUGCGCCAUUCAGCGCCGGGCGGCCGGAUCCCUCCUCCUCCCUGCUCCGCUCCGCUCCGCUCCCUCCUCCGGAGGCUCCGGGGAAACUUUUCUCCCCGCAUUUAGACGCUCACAGUCCGGCGUAAAAGUUGUUGCUGCCGGUGUGAGAUUUUUUUAUUCAAAGCAACAACAACAACAACAAAAAAAACACAGGAGCUCCGGUGAAGUCAGCGGUGUUUUGUGAACUUUGACGCCGGGGACAGGCGCCUCAAAGCGGGGAACAACACCGGAGGAAGGAGUGGCUAACUCCGCGAGCUAACUUGGCUAAAGUCUAAAGUUCGACGCGGGGAAGCGGCUGAACCAGAACCGGGACCACCAGCACGGACAUGAAGACCCCGGGAGACACCGGGUUUGCCUUCCCGGAUUGGGCCUACAAGCCCGAGUCGAGCCCGGGCUCCAGACAGAUCCAGCUGUGGCACUUCAUCUUGGAGCUGCUGAGGAAAGAGGAGUACCACGAUGUCAUCGCCUGGCAGGGGGACUACGGGGAGUUUGUCAUCAAGGACCCGGACGAGGUGGCCCGCCUGUGGGGGGCCAGGAAGUGUAAACCGCAGAUGAACUACGACAAGCUCAGCCGAGCGCUAAGAUACUACUACAACAAGAGGAUCCUGCACAAGACCAAAGGGAAGAGGUUCACCUACAAGUUUAACUUCAACAAGCUGGUGCUGGUCAACUACCCCUUCAUCGACAUGGGCUCCGGUCGUGGAGUCCCUCAGAGCGCCCCUCCGGUGCCGAGCGGAGGCACCCACUUCCGCUUCCCGCCCUCCACGCCGUCAGAGGUCCUCUCGUCCAGCGAGGAGCUGCGCAGCCCCGGCAUGUUCAGCAGCGUGGCUCGCCGCAUGGCCCGCGGGUCUGUGAGCGACUGCAGCGACGGCACCUCCACCAACUCGGAGCUGGAGGAGGCCGUGGGGGCCGACGAGCGAGGCGUGGGGCCCGACAGGGUCUACAGGGGCCUGCUUCCUCCACGCCUGCCUCACGACUCUCUCUUCAGGAUCUACCCCAACACAGCAGGGCUCGCCAGGCCCGCCCCCAGAGUCCACCCAGAGCCUCUGUCUCCGUUCCCCGUCUCCCCGCUGCCUGGUCCCGGAGGUCUCCUGGCUCCAACUCUGUCCCCAGCCUUGUCCAUGACCCCGACCCCUCACCUGUCCUACACCCCGUCCCCCUCCCUGUCCUCUCCAAUGAUGGGCUCCCACUUCUCCUUCAACCCGGAGGACAUGAAGCACUACCUGCAGGCCCACACCCAGUCCGUCUACAACUACCACCUCAGCCCCCGAGCCUUCCUCCACUACCCCAACAUCGUCAUCCCUCAGCCCCACCGCCCCACCCUGGAGAAGCCGGCCGUGCAUCACCUACACGGCCCGCACCACCCGCUCUCUCAUUCGCUCAGCCAGCAGCCGGGAGGAGGCGGCGGAGGGGAGGAGCAGCAGCAGCAGCAGCAUCCGUCACCGUUCAAGUUCAAGCUGCAGCCGCCGCCGCUUGGCCGCAAACAGAGAGAAGCUGGGAGCUCAUUGGCCGCUCCCUCCUCCAGCCAGUCCUCCUCCUUCACGGGGUCCGGGCAGAUAAACAAUGCAGUGCCUCCCAAGAUCAAGGUGGAGCCCAUAUCAGACAUCGAGUCCGAAGAAGAGGUGGAGGUGACUGACAUCAGCGAGGAAGAUGAGCUCCAUCACAAUGACGAGGACGAUGAAGGUGACAUCUUCACCCCGACAGCUCGUCACCAUCACCAGCUCAACAACCAUCACCGAGCCAACGGCAACGGGAGCAGCCUCCCCGCCGCUCCUCACAGCAACCUCGAGGACGAAGACGACGAGGAGGUCUUCAAGACUCCCGCCACUCCACCCAUUGGCGGAGGCGGCAGCGGCGGCGGCCUGGCCUUCCCUCUGAUGGGCCUGAAGAGCGAGCCGGGUCAGGCGGCUCCCAUCAGCCCCGGAGGCACUCGCUGCAUCCCGCUCAAGCUCCGCUUCAAACGCCGCUGGAGCGAGGACCAGAAGAUGGAGGCGGACGGCGAGAGGGACGAAGCUGAGGACAAGAAAGUGAGGGCCGAGGGAGAGGAGGAGCAGGCGGAGGAGAAGGGCAGGGGGACGGGGGCGGUGGAGAACGGUGGAGGAAGAGGAGUUAUUUUGGGGUUGAUGCUGCCGCCGCCUCCCACCCAGCGCAGGGCGAGCUCGGAGCUGCAGAGGGCGACAGCACAGCUGUCUCUGGAAAACACUGGCUGCUGAGCUCCACACACACCGAGACAGACGGGCGGAGAAAACACACACACCUGUCGGAGUCUCAUCCACAAACUUCAUCGUUCCCGGAGACGGUAACUGAAAGCUGACAAUGUAAACACACUCUAACGUCGAUGUUUCAUAUGUAGAAAACCAGUUUUCUGUGCGAUAAUUAAAGGAGCUGUCUUCACUGACCUCACCGCCCAAACAACUCCUUCAAUUACUCAACACAAGACGACAUGUUUCCCUACAUAUGUCACAUCUGCGAGCUCAGUAUGUUGUAAAGAACAAGACCAACGUGUGUCAGUACUGUCAGCAGGCAGCCGCUCGACACUACGGCCCGCCUGAAACCACGAAACAUCUAACGCAUGUGCUGCGAGGCGAGGCGCCUCCGUGCCCCUGGUACUCUGUCAAACACCGACACAGCAGUGACUCUUAAAAACUCGGCCUGCAUAUCGACGUCUUGUCCUGUUUUUAACAAAGAGACAGUCCGCUCUCUUUAAUAUCUCAUCCUCGCCCAUCACGGUGCCAGUUCAUGCCAUAAAGUCAGCCGGGGAUCGCCUCGCAUCACGCCAGUGCCCACCAACGGGCGACAAAGAGCACCAGCCCUGAAUUGUACAGCAACCACAUCGGACGAAUUCUCACCCACCUGAAGGCGGUGAGCUCUCCCCCCCCUCGCUCCUCGCUCGUACUCGGCGUUGGUAACGUUACUAAAAAACACUUUGAACAGCUGAUAGAGAUUACAGAAGUGCCUCUCUGUCGAUUUACAAGACGGAGGACAGCGACAAAACAAAAACUUGCUCCGGAGAGAGACGCUGACACUAGCGGACUGCAUCUCUUCGUCCUCGGCUCAUUCACUACAGUGUAUAAAGACGCGAGCGUGGAGUUGUACAUCUUAAAUCAAACUAGCAGGAGACGAGAGGACGACGACGAUGAACUGACGGCGGGCGGACGCCGUCCCCACUGUACAGAAAAACCACCCCUCUCUCUCUCUCCGAGGGAAAGCGCCGCCGGAUCUUUUUUCUUUUUUCAGCCGCCAAGCGAGGCGCGGCGUCGGUGAAUGUCGAGCAUCAAGGUUAACUCAGGCAAACGUUCACUGAGAUGUCGAGAAGCGACUUUAUUUUUAUGACGUUUUAUUCACGUAGUCUCAAACGCCCAUUUAAAAAAAAAAAACGAACAAAAUAAGAUUGUGCCUUUUUAAAAAAAGAAAAGAAGAAAAAAAAAGAAGCCAACAUGAGUUUUAACGAAAAACCCCCAGCAACACACACACACACACACACACACACACACACACACACACAGUACCACCAUGCCUUCUGUUUUUUGUAAGAGAGAUACAGAAUAAGUAAAUCUACACAUAUAUAUAUUUUAUUCAAAUAUAUAUUGAACUCAAAUAUUAUAUUUCAAUAUGGUCAUUUGAUACAAAUCAGGAGAGUCCUACUUAUUUUUAAUGGUAAAGAUAUGUAUAUAUUCUAACGGGCAUAUUAUUACCAGUUAUAAUUCAGCCUUUGCCUUCUCACCCUUGCCUUCUCUCGACCGUCGAGCUGCAGCGACAAACGCCGCCGGUGUCAGAGUUUUAUAUUUAUAUUGUACAAAAUAUGAAGUUCAGUUGUUGGUCGUGUGUUCGGGGGGGACGGAGGGUGUGACGGGACGGGGACAGAAACUUUUUUAAACCGGCUCUGGGUCAGGUUGUGUUUACCUUGUUAGCGGGUGUGUUUGUUUUAACAUUGCUGGAGAAGUAGCAGCAGCCGGGCGGGGUUUAACCACCUCAGGGCAAAGGUGAAGUUCAUUUUUAAUGUAAACAUUUUUUUUUUCCCCGCCCGCCUCGAAACUGUUUGGACCCAGAGCCGCUCGUGUUCACGGCAGGCUCGCUCUGAUUGGCCGACGCGGAUACGACGCGUCAUCGCGUGAAGCCGGGCAGGACCGCCAGCUGCUGAUAGGAGUGGACUUUGGUUUGAGCGUGGACUGUGAACUCGAGCAGCAGCAGCAGCUCUGUGUGACACACACACACACACACACACACACACACACACGCCAUCCUGGUUAGAGCGAGGCUUUACUGUGGCUAGAAUAAAGGGAAACAUGACAUCACAUGUGACAUCAGACGCCCCCACAGUCUCUCUGGAGUAGACGGCAAACCAAAGAAACUACACACACACACUAUUAUACUUAAACACACACACACACACACACACACACACACACAGAGAAGAGGAAAUGACAUCACAAAACCUCAGCAGAGUGGAGAGAGAGGGACUUCCCAUAAUCUGACUCGCUCUUUUUACUGUGUGUGUGUGUGUGUGUGUGUGUGGUUUCUAUGGUUAUGCCAUCUACACACACACACACACACAUAAAAAACUACUAAACACAGCUUAUAAAAGACAUAGUCUCUGAUGAUUUAGUUGCAGGUUUCUUGUCCACAUUGUCCAACCAGCUCCAGUUUCGUGUCCGUGUGUGUGUGUGUGUGUGUGUGUGUGUGUGUGUGUGUGUGUUUGUUUUAAACAUUUUAAAAUGAUUUUUCUUCACCGGACACACAAAAAAAAACUUCACGUCUGUCCUUAUCCUCAUAAUUGGCUCGUUAACAUCGUCCACAUUCCUCGAUUUUCAAACUAAAACACGCCGUGUUAAAGGUCCAGUGUGUCAGAUUGAAGAGUCUCUGUCGGCUGAGUUGAAAAUAUUAAUUAGUGUUUUUUCAUUAGUGUAUAAUUCCCAAAAAAUGACAAUAAUUGUGUUUUGGUUGUCUUAGAAAGAGCUGUUAAUGUCAACAGACAGAGCGGAUCCUUUUCCACGGAGUCCGUCGUAGUCUUCUUUCUACGGGAGCCCAGAGCAGACAAACCAAACACUGAUCUCGAUGUUUUAUCUCCAUGAUUGGUUGUAGAGGGUGAGACGUGCUGCUAGGUGGCGCUAAAUCCUCCACACUGGACCUUUUUUAUUUUUUUAUUUUUAUUUUUUGAAAGGACGGACGUGGGCGUCGGUUUACACGCGUGUUCUGGUGAAUAAAAACACACGCAGAGCUGUACCUGUCACACCUGUGCUGCCUUUUUACCUGUCGUGGCUUCAAAAACGAAACAUAAAAAAAAGUGAACACACACACACACAGAGAAUAACUGAUAUUUUCACCCCGCGAUCCAUCGACGUUCUUAUCAUUUUUUUCUUCUGUAUUUUUUCAGACAUAUAACUGUUACUCUUGUAAUUAUUAUAUUAUUAACAUUUUUUUGAUUAUUUUGUACCCUCUCGCCAUGGGCCCGGUCUCCUCCUCCUCUUCUUCUUCUCCUUCAUGAAUUCCUGUUCUUGUUCCAGUUUGCACUCUUACAGAUAAAAAACUUGGACGAGCUGACUCCGGCUCGGCCUCCUCCGUCUUCAUUUUGUACUCAUGUUGAUUUUAUAACCAUGUUACGAUGGACAAGAGGAGGGUCGCAUCGUCCCCACGAGACAUUCAGCAGGGGAAGAUUUUCUUUUUUUCUUUUUUGAUGUUGUGUAUAUAUAUUUUUUUCCAUUUUGGAGGAUUCUGUAAGAAAAGAGCUUUGUACUGUUUAACCAUUGUAUUAUUUGAACUGCCUCCCCCUCCUCUCUCUCUGUCCUCGCCUCCGUCUCUCCUCCGGCCGUGAGCUGUCACUCCAGAGGAGGGACGGAGACUUGUUGUUUUUGUUUUUAUCACGGAGGAUCCAUCUUCUGUACUUCUGUUUCUCUUCUCUCUGUUCAUCUUCAUUUGUAAUUAAACAAUAAUCAGGGUUCAUUAAAAAAGGUUAAAAACGGA